CACACACACACACACACAAGCACUGAUAUGUGUGUGUGUGUGAUUUUCCCUGCCCCUCUUGGUCAGGCUUCAGUGUGGAUGAAGCGGGUCGGAGUUUGCUGAUGAUUGGGAAUGUAACAGUGAGGGAUUCGGGAUUGUACAUGUGUACAGCGGAGAUCAGCGUCGGCUCUGUUCGAGCGUUAGCAUUCCUCCAUAUCACAGAGCCUCCAGUUCUGAAAGUAGAUGGCCAUGUGUCUCAGUUUGUCCCUCAUGGUGCUGUAAUUGUGUUGGAUUGUUCUGUUAGAGGAACUUCAGCUCCGGUGUUGUGCUGGUUUAAAGAUGGCCACCUGCUGCAGGUCACUGAGCGUCUUCAUCUAACAGCUCUCCAACAGCUCUCUCAUUCUGUACAGCGCCAUGAGCAGGGAUUCAGGAGAGUAUCUGUGUGUUGCUGAAAAUGAGAUGGGAGGAUGAUAUCUCUGAAAGUACAGGGUGAAAUGUUUAUCGUUAUCACUGCUUUUUGAUAUUUGUGUUACAACUAUUACAUUCGUAAUCAGUUUAACAAGCAGGUUAAUCAGUAAUCAGUUUAAUCCACCACUGUUAAUAUUUGUGCUGCAGUUGCAGGCGGUUACUCUCACUGGGAGCAGUGGGAGCCAUGCAGUGUCACAUGUGGGCAUGGCCUCCAACAGUGAAUCAGAUUUGCAACAACCCAAAACCAACCAAAGGGGGAGCAGCAUGUGAGGGUUCAGAUGUUGAGUCCAGGCAGUGCCAGACAUCCUUAUGUUCAGGUUAUUUAUUUGUUUGUUUAAAAAAAAACCGUAAUAAAUUAAACAAAUAGAAAAAAUUACAGUCAUAUUCAUACAUACUCAUUCUCUCUGUAUCUUGCUCUUUGUCUGUCCUUGGUAUCUGUCUGUCUGUAGGAGACUCUCUCCGUAGGGCUCGUGCCAGUGUGAUCGGGAUGGUGAAUGAUUGUGAGUUUGGUGUGUCUUUCCUUGUAGUGAACAUCAGUGAGAACUCAGAGCAGAUGCAGCAUACUGGAGGUUCACAUGGAGAACGUUCC